AACACACUUUUUCCCUCUGUUCCUUUUUCUUUCUUUUUUUGUUCACAGAGUCUCUUUCUACUCUGUUUUUUUUCUGUGUUAACUCAUCAGAAAAAAUACCUUUUUGGACAUGGGAAAUUGCCAGGCGGUGAACGCGGCAGCGCUGGUUCUACAGCAUCCCGGCGGCAAAAUUGACCGGUACUAUGGCUCUAUCUCCGUCAGCGAGAUCAUGGGUAUGUAUCCUGGCCACUACGUCUCUCUCAUCAUUCCUUUGACGGAGGAAGAAGAGAAAAAUAUUCCGGCGACGGUGAAGAGAGACGAUAAGAAACAGAGGAAGGCUGUGAGGUUUACACGUGUCCAGCUUCUCCGGCCAUCGGAGGAUCUUGUGCUUGGUCACGCUUACCGGCUCAUCACUUCACAAGAAGUGAUGAAGGUCUUACGGGAAAAGAAAUGUGCGAAGGCGAAGAGGCACCACACUGAGACGAUGACGACGACGGUGAAUAAGCCGUCUGAGAAGAAAAUUUUAGACAAAAGUAAAGUUAAUGGCUUUGUGUGUUUUUUUUGGCAGGAGAAGAAACAAGGGAAGCAACUUCGUGUGCUGACAAGUUCGACUUCUUCCUUAAAGUCCAAAACAUGGAAGCCUUCUCUUCAGAGCAUCUCCGAAGCUACGAGCUGA